AUGCAUGAAGAAACGGGCCUGGCAUGGGCUACCUUUGUCUCUUUUGUAAGGGGAGAGGGAUGCCACCUCCCUCCCCCAGACACCCAGAAUGCACAGGUGAGGCCAGAGAGCCAAUUCAGGGCAAAGGCUCCAGGGGCCAGAGCAGCAAGCUGUGUUGGGGUGGAGGAGGAGGAGGCGCCAGACAUCGACAUUUACCACUGUCCAAACUGUGAAAAAACCCACGGGAAGUCCACCCUCAAGAAGAAGCGGACCUGGCACAAACACGGUCCAGGGCAGAUGCCCGAUGUGAAGCCUGUGCAGAAUGGUAGCCAGCUCUUCAUCAAGGAGUUACGGAGCCGGACCUUCCCCAGUGCUGAAGACGUGGUGUCCCGUGUGCCAGGCAGCCAGCUCACUCUGGGCUACAUGGAGGAGCAUGGCUUCACCGAACCCAUCCUUGUCCCCAAGAAAGAUGGGCUGGGCCUGGCAGUACCAGCCCCCACAUUCUACGUCAGUGAUGUUGAGAACUACGUGGGGCCAGAACGGAGUGUGGAUGUAACAGAUGUCACCAAGCAGAAGGGCUGCAAGAUGAAGCUAAAGGAGUUUGUGGACUAUUACUACAGCACCAACCGCAAGCGGGUCCUCAAUGUCACCAACCUUGAGUUCUCCGACACCAGAAUGUCCAGCUUUGUGGAACCUCCUGACAUCGUGAAGAAAUUGUCCUGGGUGGAAAACUAUUGGCCUGAUGAUGCCUUGCUGGCCAAGCCCAAAGUGACCAAGUACUGCCUGAUCUGUGUGAAGGACAGCUACACUGACUUCCAUAUCGACUCUGGGGGCGCCUCUGCCUGGUAUCACGUGCUCAAGGGCGAGAAGAUCUUCUAUCUCAUCAGACCAGCCUCGGCCAACAUCUCCCUGUAUGAGCGCUGGCAGUCAGCUGCAAACCAUAGUGAAAUGUUCUUUGCCGACCAGGUGGACAAGUGCUACAAGUGCACAGUAAAGCAGGGGCAGACCCUCUUUAUCCCCUCAGGCUGGAUUUAUGCCACACUCACCCCUGUGGAUUGCCUGGCCUUUGCGGGACAUUUCCUACACAGCCUAAGUGUGGAGAUGCAGAUGAGGGCAUAUGAAGUGGAAAGAAGAUUGAAACUGGGCAGCUUGACUCAGUUUCCCAACUUUGAAACUGCCUGUUGGUACAUGGGAAAGCACCUGCUGGAGGCAUUCAAAGGUUCUCACAAGUCUGGGAAACACCUGCCCCCUCACUUAGUCCAAGGAGCUAAAAUUCUCAAUGGUGCUUUCAGGUCAUGGACAAAGAAACAGGCUUUGGCAGAGCAUGAAGAUGAGCUCCCUGAGCACUUCAGGCCAUCACAGCUCAUCAAAGACCUGGCCAAGGAGAUCAGGCUCAGCGAGAAUGCCUCCAAAGCUGUCCGACCAGAAGUGAACACAGUCGCCUCCUUGGAUGAGGUCUGCGGUGAGGACCGGGAGAAAGAGGAACCCCCAUCUCCCAUUGAGGCCACCCCGCCUCCAUCUGUCCUGGAGAAAGCGUCCAAAAAAAAGACUCCCAAGACUGUGAAGAUGCCCAAGCCGUCCAAAAUCCCCAAGCCUCUGAAACCCCCCAAACCCCCAAAGCCCCCCAAAACACUGAAGCUCAAGGAUGGAAGCAAGAAGAAAGGGAAGAAGUGCCGGGAGUCAGCCUCGCCCACCAUCCCCAACCUAGACCUGCUGGAGGCCCACACCAAGGAAGCCCUGACCAAGAUGGAGCCACUCAAGAAGAGCAAGGCCCCAAAGAGCGUCUUGAGUGUUCCCAACAAGGACAUUGUCCACACACAGAAUGAUGUGGAGAGACUGGAAAUCCGAGAGCAAACUAAGAGCAAGUCUGAGGCCAAGUGGAAGUACAAGAACAGCAAACCUGACUCCUUACUGAAGAUGGAGGAGGAACAGAAGUUGGAAAAGUCACCCCUGGCUGGAAACAAGGACAAGUUCUCCUUUUCCUUCUCCAACAAGAAGCUCCUGGGCUCCAAGGCUCUCAGGCCCCCGACCAGCCCUGGUGUCUUCGGGGCCUUGCAGAACUUUAAGGAGGACAAGGCCAAGCCUGUGCGGGAUGAGUACGAGUAUGUGUCUGACGAUGGGGAGCUCAAAAUUGAUGAGUUUCCCAUCAGGAGGAAGAAGAACACCCCAAAAAGGGACUUGUCCUUCUUGUUGGACAAGAAGGAGAUGCUUCCCAUACCUGUCACGAAGCCAAAGCUGGAUUCGACGGUGUACAAGAGUGAUGACUCCUCCGAUGAGGGCUCUCUGCACAUCGACACUGACACCAAGCCUAGUCGCAACGCCAAAGUCAAGCAGGAAAGUGGGAGUUCCGCGGCUGGCAUCCUGGACCUGCUGCAGGCCAGCGAGGAGGUCGGGGCGCUUGAGUACAACCCCAACAGCCAGCCCCCGGCCUCCCCCAGCACACAGGAAGCCAUUCAGGGAAUGCUGUCCAUGGCCAACCUGCAGGCCUCUGACUCCUGCCUGCAGACCACAUGGGGUGCUGGCCAGGCCAAAGGAAGCUCACUGGCAGUCCAUGGUGCCAGGAAGAAUGGGAGCAGCAGCAAGAGCUCAGGCAAGCGGCUGCUGAAGAGGGCCGCCAAGAACAGUGUGGACCUGGAGGACUAUGAGGAAGAGCAGGACCACCUGGAUGCCUGCUUCAAGGACUCAGACUACGUUUACCCAUCACUGGAGUCUGAUGAAGACAACCCUGUCUUCAAAUCCCGGUCGAAGAAGAGGAAAGGCUCUGAUGAUGCUCCCUACAGUCCCACAGCAAGGGUCGGGCCAUCGGUGCCAAGACAGGACAGGCCUGUGCGGGAGGGGACCAGAGUGGCCUCCAUUGAGACCGGGCUGGCAGCCGCCGCAGCCAAGCUGUCCCAGCAGGAGGAGCAGAAGAGCAGGAAGAAGAAGAACACCAAAAGGAAGCCUCCGCCUACCACCACCUCCCCCUCUGCCUCUGCUUCCGCCUCUGCCUCCACCUCCACCUCCGCUUCCACCUCUGCCAGCACCACCUUGGUCUCCACUACGCCAGCCUCUACCACCCCGGCCUCCACCAGCACAGCAAGCAGCCAGGCCUCGCAGGAGAGCAGCUCGCCUGAGCCCCCACCCGAGUCACACAGCAGCAGCCUGGCUGACCACGAGUACACAGCGGCCGGUGCCUUUGCAGGGGCCCCGGCUGGCCGCACUGCCCAGCCCAUGGCCCCCGGAGUCUUUCUCACACAGAGGCGGCCCUCUGCAUCAUCCCCCAACAACAACACUGCUGCCAAAGGAAAACGUACAAAAAAGGGCAUGGCCACCGCCAAGCAGAGGCUUGGGAAGAUUUUGAAAAUUCAUCGGAACGGAAAACUGCUCCUUUAAAGUUUGGAAAGCCAGGAUCCUUCGGCUCUGCUCAGGACCCCCCGGAGCCCCGCUAAAACAUCAGCGCCCCCCAGGAGGGUGGCCAAGUUGCCUCACCCAGGGAGGGCCUCACCUCCUCCCAGCCAUCACUACCCCCAAACGAGCGUCUGUCCCUUGAGCAGGCGGAGCAAGCCUAGCACGAUGGUCCCUCAUUUUGAAUAUGGACGUCCUUUCUCAAGUUGCUUAGAGUGACCAGUUCCUGAAAAGCGGCCCUGCCAGUAUGAGGACCAUUCCAGUUUCAGGACAGCCUCCGGCCACCCCAUAGCAUGGGUGUGAUUUCAGGGCUUCUGCAGCUCUGCUGGGAGCAUGAGUCCUUCAAGGAAGGUAGAGUGAGCCAAUGCUCACUAGCCCCAGAGUCUGAGCUGGCCACAGGCUGGUAGCCUCCAGAGGCUUAAAAAAAGGCAAAGAACACAGAAAGCAUGAGGAAGAGCAAGCAGGAUGUUUGUGGGAACCCUUCGUUCUCUUCCUGAGAGCACUUGGCUGCCAAGGAGAGGUCUGCCCCAGGCUCCCCAGUGGGAGGUGACAGCCCGGAUGGUGGUGUCACGCCCUGAUGCCCAGGGUCAUUUCUUUGGGGCAGCUAGGACCAGUAGCUGGGUUGGUGUGCUGGUGGAUGCAGGAGCCAUUGUGGGGUCCCCAGGGAAGGACGAGGGCUCAGCCACCUCUUGGGGCCCGGGGGGCCCAGGCUAAGCCACGUGGCGGGGCCCAGUCUAGCUCUGCACUCAGAGAAGCACUUCUUGGCCCGGUGGUGGCCGGUGGCUCAAGGGCGCGCGCGGACAAGCGCUUCUCUGCUCCCUGUGUUAGCAGGAGGUGUCGCGGGUGUGGGCUCUACCUGGAUGGUGUGUCUGCCCACGACACGGAGGGGCUGGAUUUGUUUCUCAGGCAAUCCUGUAUUUUAAUUUUAGAUGUACUUCCUGAAGCAUAUUUUUCAUAGAAUGUAGCGUGUAAAUAGCUUUUUAAAUGACUUCUUUUUUAUAAGAGCGAAAGUAUCUUUAGGAAUUUCUUUCUAUAGAGUCCUUCAUUAACCUUUAUACGAGUUUUUUGCUGACUCGAAUGGACAGUUGAGUUCCAGUGCUUUUUCCUUUUCCUUCUUUUCUUUUGUUGUUAUCUUACUCUUAUUUUCCUUUUAGGAACUAAGGUAUUGCCUGAAAAACAAGUGGCGUCUGCGCAGCCUUAUACUCUGUCUUCACAGAAGCAAAUAGGACACAAAAGAUCUAUUUCAGACACAUUUUGAAGACGAAUCUUCAACUUUCAUACCAGCUCUUUGUUUUCCUUCUUGUAUGACGAGGGGGUUGGGGAUACAGUUAUUUUACUAGCACCUUGUGAAGUGUUUCUGUGUUUUGUGAUGCCGUAAUUUAUUAAUGUUUGUAGCUUUUUAUAUUUGUACAUUUCUUAUGAGCUUUGUUUAUAUACCCAUUACCUGGAUGUUCUGUCCACGCGGAGAGGCAGCUGGGCAGAGGCCUUAUCCACUCCCGCUGCUGUUAGUAGGGACUCCGUCCCCGGGCCCGAGGCCGGCAGAGGGGGAGUCUCCCGGGUCCCAGGCUUAUUCGGAACUGGUGUUUUUAAAAUCCCUUGGCCUGUCCUUGUCAAGCAUUUCUAUAAUCUAACCCGGGCCGCAAGCUGUUCUCUCUCUUUCUCUCCCUCUCUCUCUUCUCUCUUUUUAAUUUUAUUAUUAUUUUGGCAACAUGUACAUUUCUAACAAAGUUUAUCGUGGCUAUUAAAGUGUUUUAUUUCCCAGUUCAUAUUACUCUUGUAUCGAGUCCAUGAGGUCUAAGGCAACUUAGACCAAAGUUUUAAAAAAGUAAAAAUAUUUCAGGUUUUGUACAGAA